CCGCAACUCGAAGCACCCCUUCUUCAACUCUCAAGUCAAGUCCAGCACCUCCUCUACUCGCUGCGACACUUUCACCCAAUCAACCAACAAUAACAUCCGAUACUCAUUCAGCCGCGCCAACUGGAAUUACAAAUGAUUCCGCACAAGCUCCGAUGCCUUGCCUUAAUGGUGAUUCUAUAAGCUCUUUAUCAUGCCAAGACUCUUCUCACUAUUAUUGCAAUGUUACAGACCAUAUAUGUUACGCAAGACUUUCAGAUAGUUCUCCAUGUCAAGAUAACAGUGUAUGCAAUAUAAACUCAAUUUGUAGUGGAAACGUAUGCGUUCCUUCUGCAAAUAGUUCUGCUGACUCUUCUUCGCCUGAUGUUGGUAAAAUUGCUAUGAUAGCUGGUCCUAUUCUUGGUGCUCUUCUUAUUGCUGCUUUACUUCUCUGUUUUUGUUGUAUGCGCAGAAAAAAAAGAAGAGAAGAUGCUGAUUCAACGCAUAAUAACGCUUAUCCAUUUGCCGCAAGGCCAAACUCAUUCUCAAGUAGUGCUCCACCACCUAUUACUCCAUUACCUCUAAUGCAUAGUAAUCAUAAUAUUGAACAUACAAAUUCCCAUUCUCUAUCACCGGAAAUGGCUGCAAUAGCUGCAGGUGCUGUUAAUAGAAGUCAUCCACAUGAAGAAAGUAAUAAUAGACUUGGAAAUCAAAAUUCAACCAUGGCAUUUACUCAAUCAUAUUUAUCAUGUCCGACAAGUACUUCCUCAAGUCCAACACCUCCUGAUGAAAACGAACAAACCACGGAUGAUAUUAGAUUAUCGAAAUUUAUGUUAAUUUCUAAUGUUUUAAACAGUGGAAAUAGUUUAAGAGAUUCAUCCUCAUUGUCAAAAGAUGAUCAAAGCACAGGAUCACAUACACCUAAAGGUCCAUUCAUGUUAGGCAGUGAAAUAUCCAGUCAAAUGAAUUCUCCAACAUUACCAUUGGAAGAUUUAACCGAUCGUGGUUCAACACAAUCUUUCUUUACAAGUAGUAAUAGAGAUUCGGACGUUUUACCAACUAUGGAUCAAGACGAAUUCAAAAAUUCACCUGAAUCGGUUUAUUUAGGACUUGAGUUUACAUCACCGGAAGCAAAAACUACCAAUAAAGGAAGAUAUACAAUGGGUUCAAUGUAUUCAAUGUAUUCAACCUAUUCUACAGAUUAUAGUAAUCUCCCAAAUUCACCAUCAUUUAACAUUUUACGUGGAGUACAAUCAUCAGUGAGUGCUAGUAAAAAUAAUCAUUCUAGAAUACGUAAUGAUAGUUUCAGUACGAUAACCACAACCACACAAACUAUUUCGAAUACAUAUGAUGAUUCUAGAAGUUCAUUUAUUCAAUUAAAUGCUCCUAUAUUUAAUAAUAACGGUAAUAAUGGUUUAUCAUUGACACCAACUCGUGAAUAUUCAGAUUCAACUUAUUCUACAGCAUCUUCAUUGAAUAGCACUUCUAUGAAUAGCAAUUCUGGCAGUGAUCAUACUUUAACACCAAAAAAUAUGUAUUCGACCAAUAGGAAUGAUGGUCAAACCA